CAGAAUCUAUUUUUCGUCACUGUUCUUUCUAUUCAUGCGUCUUUCAUGUCCCCAAGAAACGUUGGGAAAUAGGACCAGUUUGAUCCAUGCGUAAAAGUCCUUGUUGGGUGAUUUGUCCAGAGGACUGUCGGAUUCCGUCUUGCGCUCUAGAUGGAGGUUUCUUAUCCUUCAUGACAGUGGAUCUAGGUUGUUGUUUUUUUAGCUUUUAAAAGAAAUAAUUUAAUAAACUUAGCUGAAAAAGACUUGUGCUUUAUCUAGAAAGAUAAUUCCCAUUUUGCGCUGUUUUACAGUGGAUCUAUGUAAGAGAAAACGGGCACUUGUUUUCGUGGCUGCCGUGGACAUUUUGCUGUCUUUUGUAAGUAAAACUGUUUUAAUGGAAAUAUGAACAAAGGUGCAAGAGAAGCGGUUCUCCUGAACACCUUCCACCUGCUCCUGCUGCUGCUUUAUGCUCCGCCGGUGAGUCUCUCCGCGCAGCGCAGACAUCCAGCGCGCUACUUUGGCCACAUCGCUGAGAACUCCCCGGCUGGAUCGCCCGUUGAUGGGGUCUCAAUCCCGCUAGAAGCCGGAGUCUGCUCCGGUGCAAAUCUUGACGGCAGCCUGUACGGGAAUUAUCCCUCUGAUUUCCGGAUCGUUUACGACUCUGAGCGUCGGGACAGUUUGAUUCUGGUGUCCGCCAAACCGCUGGACCGAGAGUUUAUAGCGAUGUACGAGUUCACGGUGGAACUCCCGCCCAUGUGCCAGACGAGACCGGCGGUCGUCCAGGUUGAAGUGUCCGACAGGAAUGAUAACAUCCCCCAGUUCAUCAGCGGGAAUAAAACGGUGGAAGCGGAUGAGCUGGCGCCGCUUGGAACCGUCUUGGCUCGCUUUGACGCAAAAGACGGCGACGCGGAGAGAAAUGGACACACAACGUUUUACGCAUCACCACAGUCCCGUUUGCUUCACGUGGUGCCACAAACCGGCCAGGUGAGGCUCGUGGGGUCGCUCUUGGGGGUCAAGCAGCUCAACCUGCGGCUUUACGUGAAGGACGGCGGGGACGUGGCGCUGAUCGGUGACCCGGUGUUCCUUCGUGUCGACGUUCGCGGCUCCGGCAGAGCGCGGCGCAGACCCCGUUCUCUGUCCGAGGACCUGAGCUACACAGUGACCGUACCGGACCACAUCAGAGUGGGUGAUCUGGUGUUCACUGUGCCGGACCAGAGGUUCGACCAGCGGUGGUUCGAGGUGAUAUCCGAGGCCGACUCGCCCGUCCAGAUCGAAAGGGACUCGGGGCGCUUGUACCUUGCGCGCAGUCUGCGGGAGCCAGCGGAGGUGGUGGUGAAGAUCCAGAAUCUGCGAGGUGAUGAGUGGUAUUUGUGCAGGCUGACUCUGAGCAUGCCCAGUCAGGCUGACCUGCAGUGGGGGAUGUUUCCGUCGCCUUACCUGGGCGCCGUGGGUCCUGAUGCCACAUCUGGCUCCGUGGUCUACCGGCUGUCAGCCAGACAACGAGACGGCGCGCUGGGACAAGCUCAGUUCCUCCUACUAGACGGUGGUGAGGAGUGCUUUGAAGUGGACCGUCGCUCUGGGCUGGUUAGGACCACUGGACGACCUCUGACCCCAAGCAGGGAGUACCAUCUGCGGGUCCAGGCGGUGGACGGACGAGGCCAUAAAGGCCCCCCCGCCACUGUUUCCAUCCUUGCUGGAUACCGACCGCCACAAUUCACCAACUCCACCUACAGCCUGAACGUGCUGGAAAACACUCCUGUUGGCCAACCUGUUGCUGUGGUCCAGGCCGUCUCCUUCCAGAAGAAGAGUCUGUCCUACAUGUUACUGAUUAACCCCGGAAACCUGUUCAGCAUCAACCAGGAAAGCGGCGCUCUGAGCCUCACCAGAACGGUUGACUACGAGAGCGGUCACAACCUGCACACCCUGCAGGUCCGAGCCUCCGAAAGCGACACCGGCCUCAGCGGCGUUGCAGAGGUUGUUGUCCACAUAACGGAUGAGAAUGAUUGCACACCAGAGUUUCUUCACUCCAUCUACACCAGAGAUAACAUACCUGAGAGCGUCGCACCUGGAGCCUCACUACUGCAAGUUCUGGCUCGCGACUGUGAUUCCGGGGUGAACUCCGAGAUCUCCUACUUCAUCCCGAGUGGCGAUUUUGACAUCACAUCCGGGGGUGUGGUCAGCCCCGCCCGUCGCCUGGACUAUGAGCGGCCCAAUCACAUCUACGAGUUUGUAGUUGUCGCAGUGGACGCAGGGACGCCUCCUCGAACUGGGACAGCCUCUGUUCGCGUCCGUGUGGCUAACACCAACGAUGAGGUGCCAGUCUUCUCCCAAAGCAUCUAUAAGACCUUCCUCAGUGAGGACGCUGGUCCCGACACGCUGGUCGCCAUUGUUCACGCCAAUGACCCUGAUGGGGACGGCGUCUCUUACGCCAUCACAGGUGGCAACGAGGACAGCAACUUCCAGUUAGACAACCAAAAAGGCAUCAUCAAGCUGCGACGGAGCCCACCCCCCCGGCUCAGGGGCCCGCAGUACGUCCUCAACAUCACCGCCACAGAUGACAAUGCUUCCGGUGGCCCCUAUCCACUCAGCAGCGCCGCACAGGUCAUCGUUGGGAUCAAUGACAUCAACAACAACAAGCCUGUGUUUGAUGAGUGUCAGAACUACAAUGCAGCGGUUCUGGAGAACCAGCCGCCAGGGACGUUCGUGCUUCGCGUGGAGGCUCAUGACGCAGACAUGGGGGUCAACGGAGAGGUCAACUACGGCAUCAUGCACAGAGACGGAGUGUCGUCCGGGUUUGAUAUUGAUCCUCACACUGGUGUGAUCACCACAGCAGUGAGUUUUGACAGGGAGCGUCAGAGGGAAUUCACUCUUUCUGUGACGGCCACUGAUCAGGCUGAGGAGCCACUGAUUGGCAUCUGUCAGAUCACGGUGCUGAUCCUAGAUCAGAACGACAACGACCCCAAGUUUGAAAACAGCCGCUACCAGUACUUCCUAAGAGAGGACACUCCAGUUGGAACUAGUUUUUUACGGGCGGCGGCACACGACGACGAUCAGGGGAGCAACGCGGCCAUCACCUACUCACUGUCCAACCAGAAGCCAUCUUACCUGCACAUUAACCCCAACACAGGCUGGAUUUAUGUCAACCACCCAAUCUCACAGACGUCCCGGAUCAACCAGCAGAUUUUGGCCUCAGACGGAGGAAACCGCAGCAGCUCUGUGGAGCUGACCGUCAUCAUCACCAACGUCCACAACCAGCCGCCCCACUGGGAUCAGCCCGAAUACUGGGUCACCGUGCCGGAAAACACUGUCCGAGAUGCUAAGAUAGUGACCAUCAAGGCAACGUCUCCACUUGGCGAUCCCAGGGUGACCUACAAUCUGGAGGAAGGCCUGGUGCCAGAGACCAACAUGCCGGUGCGGUUUUACAUCAAACCAAACCGGGUGGACAGCUCGGCGUCGAUCCUGGUGGCCGAGAACCUCGACUACGAGAUGACACGCUUCUUCACGCUGAGAGUGCGUGUGCAAAACGUCGCCGCCGUGCCUCUUGCAUCCUUCUCCACUGUUUACGUCAAUGUGACAGAUGUCAACGACAACGUUCCUUUCUUCCUGUCAUCCACCUACGAGGCCACGGUGCCUGAAGGAGCACAGAUUGGCACAUCGGUCGCUCAGGUCUCAGCGACAGACCUCGACUCGGGUCUGCAUGGGAUGAUCCACUACACGAUCCUGAAGGAUGAGAGCGGAGACUCUCAGUACUUCAGCAUCGAUUCCCGCAGCGGCGUCGUAGUAACUCGUGCUUCUUUUGACCGUGAGCAGAAAGCUUCUUACCUGAUCGAGGUGCAGUCUCAGGAUGGUUCAGAGUCAGCCCGACCGGGCCAGCAAGGCCAGCCAAACACAGACACCGCCUACGUCAGGAUCUUUGUCACCGAUGUCAACGACAACGCUCCGGCGUUUGCCCAACCGAUGUACGAGGUCAGUGUGGAGGAAGACAAGGAGGUGGGCUACGUCCUCAUCACUGUCACAGCCAACGACGAGGAUGAAGGCGCCAACGCUAAGCUGCGCUACCAGAUCACUUCAGGAAACGCCAUGGGGACCUUCGACGUGGAGCCAGAGGUGGGCACCAUCUUUGUAGCUCAGCCGCUCGACUACGAGAUGGAGCAGCGCUACGAGCUGCGGCUGGUCGCUUCUGAUGGGAAAUGGGAGAACGAGACCCUGGUGGUGGUUCAGGUGGUCAACCGCAACGACGAGGCGCCGGUGUUCAGUCAGACAGAGUAUCACGCCUCUGUGAUGGAGGAGCUUACGCAGCUUCCUGUGUUCAUCCUGGAGGUGUCAGCAACAGAUCCCGAUCAGGAAGCGGACCAGACUGCCCUCCGCUACUCCCUCCAUGGCCAGGGUGCCGGUGGCGAGUUCACUAUCGACGAACACACUGGAAGGAUCUAUGCCCAGCGCAGCUUGGACCGGGAGGAGCGCCCCGCCUGGAGAUUUCUUGUCCUCGCCACAGACGAGGGUGGAAUGGGGCUUACAGGAUUCGCUGAUGUGCUGUUAGAAGUCCGAGACAUUAACGAUAACUCCCCCUUCUUUCCAUGCCCCGCCCUGGAGGUAGAUGGAUGUUUCAUUGGCCAAGUGCCUGAAAACUCACCCGCCGACACCUCCAUCAUGGAGAUGCGUGCCAUGGACCUUGACGACCCAAACGAAGGCAGGAACGCCAUGCUAACCUACAGCAUCAUCAAAAACAUUCGCAAUGAGAUCAACCUCAACUUGUUCUCCAUAAAUGCCACUACUGGGACUAUCUACACAGUUCUCCGCUCACUGGACCGGGAGACAGAAGACAAAUAUCUGGUUGUGGUGGAGGCCCGGGAUGGCGGUGGUUUGUCUGGGACGGGAACAGCCACUAUUAUGGUUUCAGACAUAAAUGAUCACCCACCUAUUUUUACUCAGAGGGCUUACUCCACUCAGAUGAAUGAGGAUCUGGAGGUGAACAGUGAGGUCCUCGUGGUUUCUGCCACUGAUGGAGACGAGGGUGAGAAUGCUGUUGUCACCUUCAGCAUCGUUGGCGGAGACGAGGAAAGGAAGUUCUUUGUUGAGACGGACAAAGUAAACCGACGUGGCGUGAUAAAGCUGAAGAAGAAGGUUGACUUUGAGAAACUCCAUGAGCGGACCUUUAAUCUCACGCUGAAGGCUGAAGAUGCUGACUUUUUCAGCCUGGCCUACUGUCUCGUCCAAGUGGAAGACUCCAACGACCACGCUCCAGUUUUUUUCCCACAGUUCUACGAGUCGGCUGCCAUGUCUGAAGACGUCCCAGUGGGAACGAUUGUCGCUCAGGUUACAGCAUCUGAUUUGGACUCUGGCCUAAACGGACGCUUCUCCUACAGUAUUUCGAAGGAGUCCGACCCUUACGGUCAGUUCCUGGUGGAUCAGUCUGGUUGGGUGGUAGUCGCUCAUUCUCUGGACAGAGAAAAAAUCUCCCAGCACAGGAUCAUGGUUCUUGCAACAGAUGCUGGUAUCCCACCGCUCACUGGGACCGCUAUCGUUAUGGUAACUGUUCUCGACAUUAACGACAAUGGGCCAGAGUUUGAGGCUGCCUAUAAGCCUGUUGUUUGGGAGAACACUGCUGCUCCGCAGGCGGUGCGAAUGAAUGAAACGUCCAUGCUUCUUCACGCCGUCGACCGAGACACGUCCACCAACGGUGGUCCAUUCUCCAUCCGACUCCUGCUUCUAACCUCUGAUGCCACAAACUUUAACCUGACAGACUUUCGGAAUGGCAGCGCAGCCAUCACUGCUCUUCGCAGCUUUGAUCGCGAGCGUCAAAAGGAGUACCGCCUUCCCAUUCUCAUGAUUGACAGCGGUUCUCCUCCAGUGAGCUCAACCAACACCUUGACCGUUGUCAUCGGUGAUAGAAAUGACCAUCCACACUUACCUGGACACACCCAUAUUGUUGUCUACAGUUUUGAAGGGAUUCUCCCAACAACAGCUCUUGGACAAAUUCAGUCCCCUGACCUCGAUGACUGGAGUGAGAAGGUGUACCGCUUCGAUGGCAAACCAACCAGGUUAUUCGGUCUGAAUCAGAGCUCAGGUCAGCUCAGCAUCAGGGAGGGAACUCCUCCAGGCACGUACCGCCUGCAGGUACGUGUGUCCGACAGCACAUGGCCUGAUGUCCUCUCCACCGCUCAGGUGGACGUCACAGAGCUGCACCAGGAGGCCCUGCAGCAAGCUGGCUCCGUUCGCCUCAACAAUCUUACAGUGGAGGGUUUUUUCCAGAGUAGCAGUGGAAGUCAGGGGAGUCGGUUUUCCCGUUUGGGGCGAAUGUUGGCUGAAAUCCUGCAGACGUUGCCAGAGAACGUCCAGAUAUUCUCUGUAGGCAAAGCCGACCAGCUGAGCUACACAGCGCUGGAUGUCUGGUUUGCUGCACACGGCUCACCGUACUACAAGGCGGAGAAGCUUCAUGGAUACGUGGCGGCAAACAAAGCCAAGCUGGAGGCCAUGUUGGGCGUGUCCAUCAGCCAGGUGGGCGUGGAUGACUGUCCGUACACAGACUGCAGUCAGUAUGGAGGCUGCAGCAGCGAGGUUUCAUUCAGCCAGGUCCCUGUGGCUCUGAGCUCCGGUAACGUCUCUCUGGUGUCGCUGUCGGCCUCGACGACCGCGCGCUGUGGCUGCCGAGGGCGAGAGGCGACCCACCUGACGUGCUCUGCCUAUCCCAUCAACCCCUGUCUCAACGGAGGCACCUGCCAGGAUGGCCCUCUGGGAUACCGAUGCAAAUGUCCCCCCAUGUUUGACGGGCCGGAGUGCCAGCAGAUUAAACACAGCUUCGGAGGUCAGGGUUACGCCUGGUUUCCUCCCAUCAAGCCUUGCUUCCAGAGCCACAUAUCCCUGGAGUUCCUCUCCGAGUCUGCCAACGGGCUGCUGCUCUACAACGGGCCGCUUGGCCUCGUCCAGCCUGGGGAGCCGGAGGACUUCAUCUCCGUCGAGUUAAGGAACGGAGUUCCAGUUCUGAGCAUAAACCACGGAUCAGGAACGCUGACCCUUCAGCUCCCACCCAAAGCUACGAUCAACGACCGGCGCUGGCAUCGCCUGGACAUAAUCAGCGAUGGGAAGCUUGUCCAGCUGAUCCUGGACCAGUGUGGUGGUGUUCCUGUGAAUGAGAUGGAAGGUGUUGGAGGGGAGACCCGAGAGAUCGAUGAGUCCGACUGCAGAGCUGCAGGAGAAACGCCCGGGACCCAGCGGUAUUUAAAUGUCUACCAGCCUCUUCAGUUGGGAGGAGUGAAGGAAAUGUCUCCCUACCGCCGUUACCGAAGUUUUACUGGAUGCAUCCGAAACCUGGUGGUGGACAGCCAGGUGUACGACCUGGCGAGUCCAGGUGAGAGCGUCAACAGUGUGCCAGGCUGCAAGCUAACAGACGGCGUGUGUGUGACGGCGGCCGGCCCUUCGUGUGGCGUUCACGCCUCCUGCCUCGCCGACUGGGGCUCCUUCAGCUGCGAGUGUCGUCCGGGAUACAACGGACACAAGUGUGAGAGAGCUGUCCAGGAGUUCUCCUUCGACUCGGACAGCAUGGUCCGUUUUCAGCUCAGAGGGGGGGGCAGCUCCCGACGCACCAACAUCCAGAUGCUCCUCCGAACCAGAGCCACCUCGGGGACCCUGCUCUCCGUGGCAUCCCGGGACUCCAACGAGUACAUCAUUCUGGAGAUCAGUGACGGUCACAUCUCAGUGCGUGCCAACCUGGGAGACGGCGCUCACUCUCUCCAGCUCCCCGGUCACAGAGUGGACGUCGGACUGUGGGUCCUGGUCAGCCUCGGUCGCCACGACAACAGGUUUACCCUGCGACUGGAGCAAGGAGGGGGGUCCCGGGAGGUUCAGGCGCAGCUGGGGAGCCGCAGGGAGAUUGUGGUUCAUCCGGCCAGCUUGAUGGUUGGCAACAGACCGAACGCUGGAGACAAGGCUGACUUCCAGGGCUGCCUGCGGGACGUCCGUUUUAACGGCCACAUCCUCCCUCUGGACGGCCAGAGCCGGGACCUGGUGACGCUGCUGGAGAGGCGGGGGGUCACCUCGGGUUGCUCCAGCGACGCAUGCAGAAGCCAGCCCUGCCGCAGCCCGCUGCGCUGCAUCGACCUGUGGAGAAAACACCAGUGCAAGUGUCCGGGCCCUCAGGUGACCGUCACCGAUGAGUCCGGUCUGCAGCGCUGCGUACCGUCACCCUGCGGCCCGUCCUCCUGCCGUAAUGGCGGCACAUGCCAUCCCCUGUCAGCUGACAGCUACCAGUGCCGCUGUCAGGAGGGAUUUAGGGGUCAACACUGUGAGCUGGGGCAGGUCAAAGGUCAGAAGAUGGCUGCUCUGAGCCCCAGCUCCAUCCUCGCCAUCAGCAUGUGCCUGCUUGUCUUUAUUGUGGUGUUGGUGGCGGUGACCGUUUGGAAUCAGAAAGGCAGCCGAAACAAGUUCAGGAAGCGAGGAGUUUACCACAUCCCUGCUGAACACCAGAGCUGGGAAGACAUCCGAGAAAACAUCCUGAACUACAACGAGGAAGGAGGAGGAGAGCAGGACCAGAAUGCAUAUGACAUCACGGAGCUGAAGCGUCCUCUGUGCUCCAGCUUGUCCCAGUCGUCCUCCUGCACCACCGCCCCGCUCAUCAAGUCCUCCCCUGGCUCCCAGGAGGAGGUGCAUCCGUCCGGCUCCUCCUGCAGCUCCGGCGCCCCCUACCUCAGCAUCCCGCACCACCACCACCAUCACCACCACCACCAUCAGCACGCAGCCGGCGCCGGCUACAGCAGCGACGCCACCUAUGCCAACUAUUCCUCGCACCCGGGCAGGGACACAGAGAUGGGUGACACGGGCAGCUGCGUCGACGCUCCACCCACGGCGCGCUCGCAUGUGGACUUCAAAAGCUACGUGGAGCGAAUCAUCUGGGAGGCGGACAACGACAGCGGUGCGUUUCCAGCCGACGCCUACCACGUCUGGUGCGUGGAGGGCUCCGGGUCCUCAGCAGGAAGCCUCAGCUCUCUAGGGUCGGCCGUUUCCUGCAGAAGAAUGGCUGCCAGGGACAAAAAGGAGGAGGAGGAGGAGGAUGAAGGGGGUUUUGUGUGUGACAGGCUGUCACUGUGGGGGCCAAAGUUUCAGGCUCUGAGUGAGAUGUACGACCGGCCACAGCUGGGCCUCACGUACAGGGACGCCAUAGCCUACAUACAGAGGAGCCACAGCCAUGACCCGCUGCCUCAGCACCACUAGGGGGAGCCACUCAACCACAACCACACAGUCCGACUUACAGGGUCUGGAAAUGCUGCAUUCACACAACCUCCGAAAACAAACAAGACAUUUUCAGGUUAUACUGACUAUUAUGGUCCUGUCAGGGAUAUUUACUCAGGGCAAUAUGGCUUCAAAGUAAAAUCAUUUUUUUCAUACAAUAUUUUCAGUUUAAAUUUUUUUCUCACUUUAUUUCUAAGAAAAAACAAUAAUAAUUUAAAAAGUGGCUUUUAUUUCAAUCAUCUCUUCUGAGUUGUACUACAGAGUAUUAGGACCAGCUUAAGAUGAUUUUUUUUGUUGAAUUAUGAGACUAUAGUUGUAAUAUUGGCAGAAAAAAACUAUUUUAGUAGACAUAACAUCUUACAUUUGCAAAAAAAAAAAAAAAAAGUAGAUUAUUUUAUUUUAGAUGAAUUGUUUUUAUUAAGUGAAACCGAUACAAAAAUAUAAUUUCACAAGAUGAUUAACAUUCCUUAUGACUUUAUUCUUGUAAUAAACUCAUUAAAAAAAUUGCGGCCUGGCCCUAAUAUUCUGUGUUGACCUGAGUUCAAAGUUCAGAUAGACAGAUGCUGUAAAACACUCUUGUCAGGCAAAAUGGCUGCUGUGGCGCACUGACAUCAAUAUGAACUAUGAAAAAUUAAGAAGUGUUGAAAAAAACC